AUUCAGGGAACAAUCUUCCCAGCUCCAACUUUUGAUCCUGUUAUGGAUGCCCAGAUGCUAGGAAGUGCUGUACAAGGAUUAGACUGCAAUAAAGAUCUGCUGAUUGAUAUUCUAACACAGCGCUGCAAUGCACAGAGGCUCAUGAUUGCUGAGGCUUACAGGAACAUGUAUGGCAGGGAUUUGAUUACAGUUCUUAAAGAAACUCUCUCACAUCACUUCAAGGAAGUUAUGGUUGGCCUGAUGUAUCCACCUGCAUCCUUUGAUGCCCAUGAGCUCUGGCAUGCUAUGAAGGGAGCUGGCACAGAGGAAAACUGUCUAAUUGAUAUAUUAGCCUCAAGAUCAAAUGAAGAAAUCUUCCGGAUAAAAGAAACCUACCUAAUACAAUAUGACAGUGACCUUCUUCAAGACAUUUAUUCUGAGACCUCUGGCCACUUCAGAGAUACACUUAUGAAUCUUGCACAGGGAACCAGGCAAGAGGGAUAUGCAGAUCCUGCUAUGGCUGCUCAGGACGCUACGGUCCUCUGGGAGGCAUGCCAGCAAAAAACUGGAGAACACAAAAACAUGCUGCAAAUGAUUCUAUGUAACAAGAGUUACCAGCAGUUAUGGAUGGUUUUUCAGGAGUUUCAGAAUAUCUCUGGACAAGAUAUAGUAGAUGCCAUUACUGAAUGUUACGACGGAUAUUUUCAGGAACUACUGAUAGCAAUAGUUCUGUGUAUGAGAGACAAAGCUUCCUAUUUUGCUUAUAGACUUUACAAUGCAAUUCACGAAUUGGGAUUCCAUAACAAAACAGUUAUAAGGAUUCUGAUUGCCAGAAGUGAAAUAGAUCUGAUGAAUAUAAGACAACGCUAUAAGGAGAGAUAUGGAAAAUCACUGCUUCAUGAUAUCAAACAUUUUGCCUCUGGACAUUAUGAAAGUGCUUUACUUGCCAUCACUGCUGGAGAUGCUGAAGAUUACUGA